CGCACAAAACUCUCACGCUCCUCGAUGCGCCUCCCCUGUGGGAAAGAAAAAGGGAGCUGAAUAUCGUCUCUCUCUCUCUCUCACAACACUCCAUCACACUCAGCAAAGUGAGAGAAGAUCUACUGCAGUGUGAAUUAGGGUUUUUGUAGAGGAAAUAGGGAGAGAGGGAAUUCGGGCUCGAGCUAUCACCAUGAACAUUUUCAAGAAGAAAACUUCUCCUAAAGAUGCAUUGCGGACAAGCAAGAGAGAAGUGGCUGUUGCCACCAGAGGCAUUGAGCGUGAGAUCUCGUCGCUUCAAUUGGAGGAGAAGAAGUUGGUGGCUGAGAUCAAGAAAACAGCUAAAACAGGAAAUGAGGCUGCUACCAGAAUCCUUGCUCGUCAGCUUGUUCGAUUACGGCAACAGAUUACUAAUUUGCAGGGGAGUCGUGCCCAAAUCAGAGGGGUAGCAACUCAUACACAGGCAUUGUACGCUAGUACUUCAAUAUCCACAGGGAUGAAAGGUGCAACUAAAGCUAUGGUAGCAAUGAACAAGCAAAUGGCUCCUGCAAAACAGGCUAAAGUGAUCAAAGAAUUCCAGAAGCAGUCAGCUCAAAUGGACAUGACGAUUGAGAUGAUGUCGGAAGCCAUUGACGAAACCUUGGACAAAGAUGAGGCUGAAGAAGAAACAGAGGAGCUAACUAACCAGGUGCUUGAUGAAAUCGGUGUUGAUAUUGCAUCCCAGUUGUCUUCAGCUCCAAAAGGUCGGAUUGCGACAAGGAAUGCCCCGAAUGUCGUUGCAAGUCACAGCUCUGAAGCUCCUCCGGAUGUUGAGGACCUUGAGAAGAGGUUGGCCUCUCUACGCCGUAUAUGAUCUGGAAAGCACGUAGCAGUUGGACCUAGAAGAGUAUUACACUUCUGUAAAUUUCAAUACAAAUUGGAUCAUAAUCGUGAAAUAUUAUUAGACAUAUAUAUAUAUAUAUGUAUGUAUGUAUGUAUGUCCCGGAUAAAAUGAUAAUUUGUUUUCUUUUAUUCUACCUCUUUAGUUGAAUGGAAAAAAGUGAUGACCACCAGAAAUAUGAUAACUAUGGUAGA